UAUUAAAACAGGAUUAUAAACGACGUUUAAUGAUAUAAUUGCUUUUAUAUCCGUUUUUUAAAUGAUAUGCCGUUAAUUUUGUUCUUUAAUAUUCCCCAAAGACCGCUAUAAGCGCAAAUGACCUCAAAUGACUGAAGAAAAAGAUAAAGCAAGAGUUGAUAUGAACACCAGAUUAGAAAAAGAUUAUCAAGAAUUGGUGAAACAACAUUCUAAAGAAAAUGGAUUUAUUGUUGAAGACAGCUUUCCUCCACCAUGUCACAAUUACAGGGUCACAGUUGAACCUGUUGUGUUUUGCUAUGCCUUUGGUAUAUUACUUCAUGUACCCAUGAUUCAACAGUACAUUUUUUAUCGAGUUGGAGAGUCAAGGGGACUGGUCACAACCAGAACUGAACAUCAUAGCAACUGUGACAAUCAUUCAGCACAUGAUAACCCUGAACUUCGGAGGAUAAUGAAGGAUAUACAGAGUGAGACAUCAUUUAUCCUCUUAGCGACCAUAAUUACCUCCACUAUCCCAACACUAAUAAUGACACUCAUGCUUGGAUCAUGGUCAGAUAAUGUUGGUCGUCGAACUGUUAUAGCUAUUGCCAUAUUUGGAAGCAUCUUAGAAAGCUCACUGAUAUUGAUCAUAAUAUGUCUAAAACUACCCAUAUAUUUCCUGAUGUUAUCCAGCUUUGUAGGAGGAAUAUGUGGUUAUUUUCCCACAAUAAUACUCUCUGUGUUUUCAUACAUAGCAGAUAUAACCCAUACAUCUCAGCGUGCAUUCAGACUGGGUGUUCUUGAAGCAGUUGCAUUCAUUAGUGGAAUGAUAAGUCAUUUAUCAAGCGGAUGGUGGAUUGCAAAGACUGGAUAUGUUUCGCCAUAUUGGUUAAUAACUUCACUACAUUUCUGUGCAUUUCUCUACACAAUAUUUAUACUGCCUGAGUCACGUCAAGUGGAUGUGAAAAGGUUUGGAGCAGGCUUGUGUCAGUUCCAACAUAUUCAAUCAAUCAUUCAAUUGUUUCAAGAACCAAGAAAUGGUCAAAGAUGGAAGCUGGUUUAUUUAAUGACAGCCACAGCAUGCAUGAUGUUAUCAUCCACAGGCUUUGGAUGUGUGUUUGUACUUUAUGCAUUAGACUUUCCACUUUGUUUUAACUCCUUAUUAAUCGGCUAUUAUCUUGCAACAAGUUUUUUCAUUCAAGCAGUAGGAACUGUUUUUGGUUUGAAAUAUUUAUCAUUGCUGUUACCACAAACUGUUCUGGCACAGAUUGGAGUGGUUUCCGUCAUUCUUUCACUGUGUUGUUUGACUUUUGUCACAAAUAAACGUCUCCUAUUUGCAGUCCCUCUUAUUGGCUGCCUUGGAGGAAUUGCGACACCUGAGGUCCGUGCAAUGAUGUCAGAAAUUGUCGACAGCAAUGAACAAGGAGCGUUAUUUGCUGCAGUUGCAGCUGUUGAAACAGUGUGUACAUUACUUGGCGCUGUGAUAUUUAAUUGUUUAUAUUCAAUGUCAAUGCAUUUUGGCCUCAGUCAUUUCAUAUUUAUCGCAAUGGCAUCCGUCCUUCUUAUUCCAUUCACAAUACUACAAAUUAUCAGAUGGAGAGAUGAAAAAUACAGCAAGGAAGAUCAAGAUCGUUAAAAUAGUUAGAAAAUAAAUAGGA